AUGGAGAGAUUCUACCACAACAUCAACUUCCCAACACCCCACAUCGCCAUAAAAAGCUUCGACCUUGAAGUUGUAGACCAAUCAGGCAACAGCAUCUCACUCUUCGACACAUUCCUCCAUCACUGGUCCCUCGUGAGGUACUUCCAACACAGCACCGCGCCAGACCCAACUCCCAAUACUUCAUUCACUCAACUUCACGAACCAGAUUUCAUCAUCGCUACCAACAAUGGAGUCUGCCAACACCAUAGCUUGCCGCAGUUCUAUGGCAUGGGAUCGGAAUCGAGAAAAACGUCGACGUUUCUCCCACACCCAUAUGGGAUAGAAGUUGGGGAUGCCGUGCAGGUCCCUGCAGGGUAUGAAGAGAGGUGGAGCCUUAAUGUACACGUAAUAGACACCAGGGGCGUGGAGGACAGGAUGGGGUGUACGGAUUGCUGGUGCCAUUUGUAUAAUGUUACGAAGGAUCAGUUUGGGCGGCCAUUGAAAGGGGAUUACAAAGGAGGGAAGCUGUGCUGUUAUGAUCAAACGCAGUGCAGAGUGAGGGAAGGUUAUAAAGGAGAGGAGAGGAAGUUGUAUGUGAGAUAUAGAGUGAAGUGGGUGGAUUGGGAUGAUGAUUUUGUGGUUCCUGUGGAGGUUUAUAUAUUUGAUGUCACUGAUACUUGGAACCCAUUGUUGAAUGACUCAACAGGACUAUCUGAUCAACAGCAUCACUGCCUUGUCGCGUAUGAUGUAGAAACUUGCUCUCUCGCGAACAAGCUCCAUGGUAAGUGCAAUGCUACAAAAACAUCAAAGGUAAUCUUUCCGGGAGACAGUGGCUACAUUAUCUAUGGAGUGGCUCAUCAGCACAUUGGUGGGAUUGAUGCAACCCUUUAUGGAGAGGAUGGAAGAGUUUUAUGUUCUUCUUCACCAAUUUAUGGAAGAGGAAAUGAAAUUGGAAACGAAAAUGGUUAUGUUGUUGGAAUGUCUACUUGUUAUCCGAAGUUGGGUAAUUAUGUGAAGAUCAAUAAAGGAGAAAUGGUGACUCUUGUAUCCAACUAUGAUCCCUCGCAAAACCACACCGCUGUUAUGGGUCUCUUCCAAAUUAUGGUUGCACACAAAAUUCCAAAUUAG